CACGUGACCAAGAGCUGACGUGUGCAGAAGUCCUUCUUGUUCUGGUCGUUGUUCCGUCUGAGUACCAGCUACCCACUGCUCUGAGGGAGAGCGGGCCUGUGGCUGAGGGAAGAAGGAGGAGGAGAAGGAAAUUGUCCCGGAUCACAGCAGCUCUGUCGUCCUGGCUGUUUAGUGGAUCCGAGCCUCUCCCAGGUUGCCAGUCUUUCCGUAGUUUGUGGCUCUACGCCAGACAAGUGAAGAGGAAGGAAAUUAACCCUGAUCAGUGAAGGUCGAUUUGAGGGUUUGCUGUAGCAGGUGGCACCACUUGAAGCAAGGGAGGAAGUUUCCUUGGAUCUGUAGAGAUUGCAAGGGUUGUUGGGUGUGGCACAAUUCUAGGGGAGGAAAGAAGGGGCAAACUGCCUGUCUGGAGGAGGUUCACUUCGGGUAUCAGCUACUGUGGCCCUGAAGUGGCUGAAGACAAAUACCAUCCACAGACCGGCACCCAAGCCCAUAGUUCUCCCCAAGCCUGCGUGACUACUCUGUUCCUUGGUCCCUGCUAUUGUCAGGGACGAUUGCAUGGGCUACGCCAGGAAAGUAGGCUGGGUGACUGCGGGACUGGUGAUUGGGGCUGGCGCCUGCUAUUGCAUUUAUCGACUGGCCCGGGGAAGAAAACAGAACAAAGAGAAAAUGGCUGAGGGUGGGCCUGGGGAUGUGGAUGAUGUUGGGGAUUGUCCUGGGGCCAGGUACAAUGACUGGUCUGAUGAUGAUGAUGAUAACAGUGAAAGCAAGGGAAUAGUAUGGUACCCACCUUGGGCCCGGAUUGGGACUGAGGCCGGGACCAGAGCUAGGGCCAGAGCAAGGGCCAGGGCUACCCGGGCUCGAAGGGCUGUUCAGAAACGGGCUUCUCCCAACUCAGAUGAUACUAUUUUGUCCCCUCAAGAGCUGCAAAAAGUUCUUUGCUUGGUUGAGAUGUCUGAAAAGCCUUAUAUUCUUGAAGCAGCUUUAAUUGCUCUGGGUAACAAUGCUGCUUAUGCAUUUAACAGAGAUAUUAUUCGUGAUCUGGGUGGUCUCCCAAUUGUUGCAAAGAUUCUCAAUACUCGGGAUCCCAUCGUUAAGGAAAAGGCUUUAAUUGUCCUGAAUAACCUGAGUGUGAAUGCUGAAAAUCAGCGCAGGCUUAAGAUAUACAUGAAUCAAGUGUGUGAUGACACAAUCACUUCUCGCUUGAACUCAUCUGUGCAGCUGGCUGGACUAAGAUUGCUUACAAAUAUGACUGUUACUAAUGAGUAUCAGCACAUGCUUGCUAAUUCAAUUUCAGACUUUUUUCGUUUAUUUUCAGCAGGAAAUGAAGAAACCAAAUUUCAGGUUUUGAAACUCCUUUUGAAUUUGGCUGAAAAUCCAGCCAUGACUAGAGAACUUCUCAGGGCCCAAGUACCAUCUUCACUGGGUUCCCUCUUUAAUAAGAAGGAGAACAAAGAGAUUAUUCUGAAACUUCUGGUCGUAUUUGAGAACAUAAAUGACAAUUUUAAAUGGGAAGAAAAUGAACCUACUCAGAGUCAGUUUAGCCAAGGUUCACUUUUUUUCUUUUUAAAAGAAUUUCAAGUGUGUGCUGAUAAGAUUCUGGGGAUAGAAAGUCACCAUGAUUUUUUGGUGAAAGUAAAAGUUGGAAAAUUCAUGGCCAAACUGGCUGAGCAUAUGUUUCCAAACAGCCAGGAAUAACUUCUUGAUUUUGUAGUUUAGAAGCAACACACAUUGUAAGCUAUUCCUUUUCUCCACUUUGUUUAUAUGGUAAAGGAAUUCUUUCAGCUACCAAUUUUGAAUAUCAUAUUGUAUCAUCAAUGCUGAUAUUUAUCCGAGUUGAUCUUUAGGUCUAAGCUGGAUGAAUGAAUGUCACUACAUGUUCUGAAAACAUGUUUGUUGCUUUAUAUCUCACUGCCUAGACUGAAAUAUUUUUUACUAUUUCUUCUGUAUAAAUGACAGUGAACCAAUUCAUCCUAAAUAAGUUCCCUCCUGUCAUUUGCAUUAACUUCAUUUGUGUAUCAUCAAUAAAGUUGUGUGUUAAUGCUGGAAAGAAAAAAAAGAAAGAAGAAAGAAAGAAAGCAUCUUUGCCCUUUUAUUUAUAAUCUUGUUAGAGAGAUUAGAAACAUACAAACAAAAUAACUGAGACUUUCUGGACUCAUUGUCAAAUAUUCAUUCUCAGAGCACAGAGGAAGCAAAGGCUACUGUGGGGUACAGUAGUCAACUACGGAUUUAUGGAGGAAAUGACCAUUUAAAAAGAGUCCUGAAUGAGAUGGAAGUGAGAGGGCACUGAUGUGAGAUAGGCAUGGAGGUAGGAAUGUUCUCCUUAUGACAGUGAGAAACUAGUCUGCUUAGAGUAGAGCAUGUAAGGAAUGGAAGUAAAUAAAUUUGGAAAACUAGGUGAAGCCAAUUUGUGGAAAGUUGUUUGGACAUCAUUCCACUGAAUACAAAAAGCCACUAAAUAUUUUUGACUAGAAAUAAUAAUUGGAAUUCAUAUAAAAGUCCCUCUCUCACCUACUGUGCAAUGUCUAUGAAGGUGUGGCAAAACAGACACUUUCAAACCCUGGUGGUAGGAAUGAAUUUAUACUGGCACAAGGUUUGUGGAAGGCCAUUUGAUAACACAUAUAAGCCUUAAAAUAUGUAAGCCCUUUGUCCUAAGAAAAUAAUUGAGAAAUUGACCAAAGGCUACAUGAACAAGGCUAUGCAUCCUAGCACUGUCUAAAAUAGUAAAUAUUGGAAACAAGUGUCUAGCACAUUGGAUUGUUUAAAUAAAUUAAGGAAUGUUCACAUGGUAUAUGAUAAAUAUGUUGAUUUAAAUCCAUAUUGCCAGGAAAAGAUAUUCACCAUGCAUUGUUAAGUGAGAAAGGCAGGUUAGGUAGUAGUAUUCAUAGUAUGAUUUCAUUUCUUUGAGAAUAAUAAAACAUAUGUUUAAGUAGACACUAAAACUCUGAAUUAUAGACACCCAAAUAUCAACAGAGGUUAUCUUUGGGUGGAAGGACAAUGAGUGAUCUUUUACCUUUUUACUUUUUAUGUUUUAAUCAUCUAUGUGCUCUUACUUAUCUAAAAUGAAUAUUGAUUUUUGGGAAAUUUUUGAAAAAGGAAAGUGUUGGGAAUAAAGCAGGUGAUUGGAGCAUGUACUGAGUGGAAAAAUUAGAUUAAACAUGAGAUAGGUUGAAGUUUCCUCUCUGAAAUGAUAGAUGAGUGGUGACGAUGAGGCUUGUCAGGAGGAUUAAAUGAAGUAAUACAUGCAAAAUACCUAGAAUGUUCUGGCACAUAGCAGUUAAUUAAGAAAAGCAAGCACUUUUAAUUUCCUAGAAUGCAGGGUUAAUAGUUUUUUGUUGUUUUUUUCUUUUGGGUUGACCUUUGUUUUGCUGGGGGCAUUCUGCCACAUGUCAGUGUCAUUUAAAAAAUAAUAACAACAAUAAAGGUUAACAUUUAUUGACUA